UCACUAUAAUCUUUCCUGAUUUUUGUUCGAUCUAGCUAAUUAACUAUGGUAGACAUGACACAUUUCUGGUCGAUUAUGCCUAGUGUUAUGAUCAUAUUAGCAUCUUUUCGCCAAUGGUUUCCAAAAGAGCUUGGUUAUCGUAUCGAAAACUAUGUGGAAAAAGUCAUAAGCCGUGUUUUCCCUUAUAUCACCAUAGUUUUUCCCGAAUACCAAGUUGAAGAUUUCUCCCGUAGUGAAGCCUAUAAGGCUAUCGAAAAAUACCUAGGUGCCCACUCCUCCAAAGGGGCUAAAAGACUCAAAGCAAAUGUGAUCAAGUCAGGAAAAUCCGUGUUUUUAAGCAUGGAUGACUAUGAAGAAGUAACCGACGAGUUUCAUGGCAUCAAAAUUUGGAGGAGUUCGAACAAGAAAAUUAGUCACCAACAAGUUCUGUUUUCUUCUGACGAUGAGGAGAAGCGAUAUUUCAAGCUCACUUGCCAUCGUAAAAAUCGUGAUUUUAUCACACAACAUUACUUGCCCCAUGUGUUCGAUGAAGGAAAAUGCAUUGCUGAUAAAACAAGGCAAAGAAAGCUUUAUACAAAUAACAAGAAAUGUUAUUGGAGCUACAUUUUAUUUGAGCAUCCUUCCACAUUUGACACUCUUGCCAUGGACCCGAAAAAGAAAAAAGAUAUCUUGGAUGAUCUUAUCAAGUUUAGCAACUCGAAAGAGUACUACAAGAAAGUGGGCAAGUCGUGGAAACGAGGAUACCUUCUUUAUGGGCCUCCUGGAACCGGAAAGUCUAGCAUGAUUGCGGCUAUGGCUAACUUUCUUGAGUAUGACAUCUAUGAUCUUGAGUUAACCUCAGUGCAGGACAACAGUGAUUUAAGGAGGUUACUUAUCUCCACAUCAAGUAAGUCGAUAAUUGUGAUAGAAGAUAUCGAUUGCUCACUUGAUCUCACGGGCCAGAGGAUGGAUAAGAAGGAUGUCGAAAAUGGAGAGGCUAGGAAUCCGAUUGGUGAAAAAGAAAUGGACAAGAAGAAAAAGGGAAGUGAAGUGACUCUUUCGGGCCUAUUGAACUUUAUUGAUGGGCUAUGGUCAGCUUGUGGUAGUGAAAGGCUAAUAAUUUUUACAACCAACCAUGUUGAUAAGCUUGAUCCUGCUCUUAUAAGAAGAGGCAGAAUGGAUAAGCAUAUCGAGUUGUCAUACUGUUGUUUUGAAACUUGUAAAGUCCUUGCAAAGAACUAUUUGGACUUGGAUUCUCAUGAUUUGUUUCCAACCAUAAGUCGGCUUUUGGGGACAAUCAACAUGACCCCAGCUGAUGUUGCUGAAAAUUUGAUCCCAAGUUUAUCUGAAGACAAUGCGGAAACUUGUUUGAAUAAGCUGAUCAAUUCAUUGGAGAAGGCUAGGAUCAAGGCCGAGGAUGAGAAGGCGGCAAGUGAAAAAAGGAGUGACGAAAAUCGGGAAGAACUGCAAGUAGGUGAUGAAGAAGGAAAGAAAGUUGAUCAAGAAACAGAAAGUUUGAAGAAAAAGUCAGAAGGGAAUGAAAAAAAAGAUGCAAGUUUGAGUAGGGAGGAUCUUAGCAGUUGGGUCAUAACAGAGAAGGAACACAGAGGUUGUUAAUUACUUAGUAAUUGUCUUUACAUUUUAGUAAUUAUAUUUAUCUUAAAAAUGUUGCCAUACGAUAUAAAACUUUAGAAGCAGUAUU